ACUCAGUGAUGUGUGACAUAUUGAGUUACAGCAGCGGGGUUGCCCCCCCCCCCGGUGUUUACUGCCCUGCUGGGGUGUUUUUGGUGCAUCACACCGUCACUGUCGGUCCAUUGCAACAAACCAGGGUUUGAACCAAUCUGCGGAGAGGAAGGCGCGUUUCGGUUUGUUUUCCCAACCCGCCCUGGACGCCCCCCUCCUCUGUUGCUCUUCUUGUUCCAGCCUGACCGGGGCUAAGUUACACAACCAGUCCGUCAUGCAAACUAGAAACACGUGUCUGCGGGGCGGCGCUCAGAUUAACGCAGGUUUGCUGAACAACAAAGCAGAGCAGACUGGAGGAGGAGGAGGGGGAACCAGCUGUGUGCUUCCCUGCGAUGUUUACCUCACAGUUUGAGGGGAGAGACACGGAUUCAACAUGUGUUUGCCUUACAGGGAGGACCAUGAUACGAACAUGAUCAGCGCCGAUGGCUUCUCCAAAUGCGAGGCGACUCAGCGGGAGAGAGGCAGGAGGCGGCCACCGGCAGAGAUGCUCCAUCUGCUGUCAGCUGUGAUCGUGUGGCUGGUGACGGGCACCACCAUCUCCAGCCUCAACAAAUGGAUAUUCGCCGUGUACAACUUCAGGUACCCGCUGCUGCUGUCAGCUCUGCACAUGCUCACGGCCAUAGUGGUGGACUAUGGGCUCAUCAAGCUGCGGGUGAUCCACCAGAGUGGUGCUGGAGAGCAGGACCUGACAACCAGCGCCAAGUGCAAGGUGUUCCUGUUGAGUCUGACGUUUUGCGCUAGCAUCGCCUUCGGGAACAUGGGUCUGAACUAUGUCCAGCUGUCAUUUGCACAAAUGAUCUACACCACCACUCCGCUCUUCACUCUCGCCAUCUCCGCUCUGAUACUGGGCAAGCAGCAUCACAUCCUCAAAUACACAGCCAUGAUGCCCAUCUGCCUGGGAGCCUCCUUCAGCAUCAUGGGGGAGGUCCAGUACGAUCAGACCGGCUGCUUCUUUGUGUUUGCUGCAACCAUGUUGAGGGGUGUGAAGUCCAUUCAGCAGAGCAUCUUACUUCAGGAGGAGAAAAUCAACUCUGUGUUCCUGCUCUACCUGAUGUCCAUUCCUAGCUUCUGCAUCUUGACUGUGGCAGCUCUGACCUUAGAGAACUGGACUCUGAUGGAAUCGCCGCUGCAUUACGACCGCCACCUGUGGGUCUUCAUCUUGCUCAGCUGCCUGGGCUCAGUCAUGUACAACCUGGCCAGCUGCUGCGUCAUCACGCUCACCUCGGCCGUCACCCUGCACAUCCUGGGCAACUUGAGCGUGGUGGGGAACCUGCUGUUGUCCCAGCUGCUCUUCGGCAGCGAACUGUCCGCCCUCAGCUGCGCAGGUGUGGUGCUGACGCUGUCCGGCAUGCUCAUCUAUCAGAACUCUGAGUUAAUCGUCAGCUGUUUUGACGCACAUAGGGCCAGAGCAAAAGUGUCUGGACAGGUGGACGGUCACAGUGCAUGUGGAGAGAAAUCUUGUGAAUCUGAACCAACGUAUCAUCAGCAGAGAACAGACGGCAAACAAGAAGACAAGAUAGACUGAAGUGAAGGGAUGAAGGAGAGAGUAAUAUGCAGAAGGAAAAAAAAAUGCUUACAACCCUGGCUGUAGGGAGUGUGACCUUAGAAGGCCAUUAACACUGAGGAUGUGACAGAUCUUUUAUUUUAAUUUAAUUUUUUUUUUUACUUCCUCACUGUUCCAAUUUAUUUCUCCUCUGGUCACACAGAGCUCCAGUCCUCAGAGAAGAGAAGUUUGCCUUUAUUUCUCACGGUGAUGGUUAACUUCCCUCCUUCAUUUGUACAUAACCUGCGUCGUCAUAUGCAUGCAAGAGCACACUUAACUCUUCAGUACCUCACGAGGUAUCCACACCAUCACUCACACUACUCCACUGUGAAAUUUUCUCAUUAACAGAGGGCUCUAAUCAAUGAUUUUCGGUGGCUGACUUAGACAUUGUUAGCCUCAGAGUGGGCACUAUUUUUAUUAAGAAAGAAAACAAACUAUAUAUCUAUAUAUAUAUAUUACUGGUACUUUUACCUGACAUUCACCUGGCCCUGUCAUGGUAGGGGACUGGGUUUUUUUGGCAGCUCUUUUAAAAUAUUUGAUUUAAUGUUUUAGUUGGUAUGUGAAGCAGGAAGCUUGUUAAAUAAGGAAACUGCUGUGGUUGUUGUAUGGCCUAUAUUACCUUUUGCCUUAAAGGUUCAGUGUGUAGAAUUUAGUGACAUCUAGAGGUGAAGUUUCCCAACAUGAAAGAAAACCUGUGGUGAACUUCAGUUGUCAUGGAAACUUAAAAGGUUUUAGUCUGUCCAGUUUGGCCGACAGUAAAAUAACAUGGCGGCCUCCACAGAGAGGACCCCCCCCCCCCAAAAAAAAAAACAAUUCAUACAAUUUAGAUGAAACACACCAGUGAAAACAUCACUAGGUAUAUUUUAUAUUCAAUUUCUGCCAAAAAUCCCUUUCACCUAAAUCUUACACACUGAACAUUUAAGGCAACGACUGACAAAGCCAUCAUUUCUGUGCAAUGAGACGCCUCUUUUCCUCCACUGAAGCACAUUUUUAAUAAGAGGCCUGAGCUCUGUGUUUUGUCCUCCCCCUCUGAACCUCGCCUCUCGCUGCCCAAUUAAGGCCUAGUUCUUCUUUUCUUCACCCAGCUUGAGAGGAUGGUCUCUCUCGGUAGAAUUAGUCCAAUUACUCCCGUCUUUUACUGCAGCUCGAUAAUUAGAUUCACGAGUUCUCUAAGGAGUGCCACUCCACUUUAGCUGUCUUUCUUUCCCUGAGGGUGACGAGAAAAGAGAAGACUGAGCUGACCUUUCAGGUAGCUUCCUACAUCCCAGCCAAUGUCGUCUGUUGAGUGCAGUUUUUGCAAGCAACAUAAAGUUGGAUCUAACAGCACAUCUUGACAAACGGCUGACUCCUGCUGGACAGUUUUAUGUUUUCUCUAAGUAUUUCUUUAAACCCCUUUUAAAUAUAUCUGUGGAAGAGAAUAUUUAUUUUCGAAUGGAAAUAGCAAUCGUUGGCUUAGUAACGCUGUAGCUUUUGGUUCUGAAGUGUCUUGUUCAUGCAUUCGUGAAUUAAUCGAUUGCUCUAGCCUCUUCUAUACCUCUCUAAAGAAGUCAGGUAUGGUAAGCAUGCCACUGCUUGGUGAUCCGGUAUGUUCCUCAUUCUCCCUCCAACAUAUAUGGUAUGCCAAAUGUUUACUUUUAAAGCUUUUUUUGUAAUAGUGGUUCUGUCAGUGACACUCAUCACUCAUGUAGAGUUUAUUUUGAUGACACAACAACGAAGCCAUACGUCUCAGUGUGUUUGUUUUUGACAUCUUUCAUACCCUCUGUAUACUUUGCCAUAAGAUAAUCUUUAUGUAGAAUUGUAUAAUUACAGAUUUUUUGACUUAAAAUUUCAAUAGUGCCAUUCAUAAAAGACCAUUUUCCUGAGCAUUGUUAGUAAUUGAGAAUUAAUAUUUGGACUUUUUCAUUAAUCACCAGUCAGUUGAAAAUGUAAAAAAGAUAUGAAGUGUUUUUAUUUUGCAGUUUGAUGAUUAGUUGUGUUGGUUUAACAUUAUUGAAUACCUCAGCUGUUAAAUAUGACCUCAUGCCCCUGUGUUUGUUGAUUAUUAAUUAUGGGAUGGAGAUCAAGCAGUUUGUCAACAACCUGUGGAUGUUUGAUAUUAUUGUUUCAACAGAGUCACUUGAGCACAGAUCAGCAUAUUUUAAAACACAGAUUUUAAACUCAUACUAUCAUGCUGACUUGUCACUUUUCAGUUUUACACUCUCAGUCUGGUGUAAAACAGGUUUGGCUGCUGCUGCUCAUGAACUUCAUGUUGAGUAAAUUAUGAGUGUGGGGCGAAGCAACAGUUGCACUGACGUGGUGAGAAGACGCUUGUGUCUUCAGAGCCUACGCUUCCUGUGUAUAUAUUGGUUUUGAUUGUUUGCAUAGCGGGUUGGAUGUAAAUAGUUAUUUUAUGAUUUGUAUGUAUUUUAUAGUAAUAUAUGGCUGGUUUAAGCUACACUGGGUCAAGAAUGAAACAUUUGCCUCAUGCCUUAUUUGGACACACUGUAGAAGAGGAAGGAGUGAACUAUUCUGUCGUUUUUUUUGGUUGAAUACUUUGAACGCCAACGGCAGCCGAGAAAGUGCUUCUGAUAAGAGGCAGAGAUAUGGACGAUUUACAUGAUCCCCAAUUGCUUGAAUACAAAUAAACUGACUGGUACAAUAAACGAUAACAAACACCUCA